AAGCCCUACCAAACCCAAUCCCAAACCCGCUGGGCGCUUAAACACUUUUCCCCCUUCUCCUCGGCCGCGUCGACGCACCACGGAAGGUUCUAGAAGCGCAGGUCUCCGUCCAUACACUUCGCCCCAAGCCGUCCGGCCGACCGCCGCCACCGCUGCCCGUCGGGGAGCGAUCUGGUUCAUAUUCGCGGUGGAUGUCGGUGGAUUUUCCGGCGGCGGACAGGCGCGCCCACGGCAUAUUGUCGCCCGCAGGGUGCUCGGCCGGGUGUGCGGCGGUGCCAACAGCCACCAAUUUGCUGAAUGCCCGGAUGAAUUAGAUCGACAGAAACGGGUGUACUAGGUGGGGACCUGCCUGUCCGACGAUAGUGUUCGCAUAUUAGUGUGCUGGACUGAUUGGCGGGUGAAGGAAAAUGGCGUCCCCCAAUCAGGCUGCUGAUGACAAAGUUCGAUGCAAAAAGCGGAAAAAGGUGUACAUGCUAGAGACCAAGCAGUGCUUGUUGUUUGCUAGGGACAACCUCCCUCGCGAUGUGUACAACGAGUUUGUCAAGACCAUGACCGAGAUUUGGAAACAAUGUGCCGAUCCUGAUGGUGAAGUGAGGAGCAUCUGUGUUGAAACCUGCAUCGAGAAGGCGCUGGAGCUAUUACAGGGCUGGGCUCCGGUCAAACAGGGCUUCCUCAACUUCACCCAGGGCCGUAGCCCCUUGGAUGGUGAUGACAGUGUCUUUGGCGAUGUUGAUGUCAACGCCCUUUUGCAGAAUCCACUAGAUUUUCUUUGGAGAGCCAAGGCUAGCCCUGGCAUCAGUGAGCAUGAUUAUGCCGCUAUUUUGCAAACCCUGAUAGAUUUUUCCAAGAAAAGGGGGACCAUGGCCGCUGGAGAAGUUUUCCAUAUUGUGAAGGAAUGCACGAGUAACUGUCCAGAGUUGCUAGAAGAGUUCACCAAUUAUCUCCCUCUUCACCUAAAGGGGCAUCUGACAGACGAAAAAUCCUGCAGAAAUCUGAAGACAGGUCGUGUGGGCAAGGCUAAUUUAUGCUUUACUCCAGAUGCUAAUCAAAACUUGGCUGGUACCCAGAUCAAAGCAACCAAUACGAGGAAAGAAGGUAGUGAAGAAUCCCUUCUUGCUGAAGAAGACGCGGAAGACAAGGUUGAACCCUUGCCAGACUGGAAUACCUCCAGACAUGAGGGAAUCUUACCCCCGAAAGUGAAUCCCAAGAACUUCAAGCGUUGCACUCCUAGCUAUUACCUUCUACCAAAAAAUUGUAUAACUCUUCAAUCAAGUUACCGAACAAAACUGGGGAGGUCUGUUCUCAAUGAUGCUUUGGUUUCUCCUUCAUCUGUUGCAAGCCUCGAGAAAACUCAAAAUGAUUAUGAAAAGAAGGUUAUACAAUGCGAAGAUGAUAUGUAUGAGAGUGACAUGCUAUUGCGGCGGUUUAGGGCGACUGCUGACUUCCUUGCGAAUCUCCAAGAUCGUGUCUGCAGUGUUUUGAGGAUUAGUGGACAUAUAACUCCUCUACAUAGGAGGUGCCUUCAAAAACUAUAUAAUGAUGAUCCCGAGCUUGAUGAUCUAUUGAAGAGUGCAAAUACUAGUGCUGCUAUUUCUAUUCUACUUUCUCGUUUAAAUCGGAGGGUAGAAAAUUUGUCGGAGGCACACUUGUGUUUGGAUAAGAUACUUUCACCACUGAUUGCCAAAAAUUACUACAGAUCGCUUGAUCAUCAUGGCCCCUCUUUCAAACAGUUGGAUGCAAAGAGGAUGUGCCACAAUGCUUUGCUGGCUGAAGCCAAAGAAAUCCAUGAAUCAAAAUUGAAUGCUGGCGAUGAGUAUCUUAACCCUGACAUACACAAGGACAUAAGCAGGAUUAUUUCCUCUGUGCGCUCUUCCGAGGAGAAGCUUAUGAUGACUUGGUCAGAAAUAGUACAUCCAUUUCUUUCUGCUAACUGUUUACGGUCUUACUUGGAGGAAAGUGUAGCUCCCAGUGAAGCUUGUGAACAGUGUGGUAUCAGCAAAGAUUUUCUCAGUAGCAUUUCCGAUGCUUUGGCUGCUAAUAAACUUUCUUUAUCUCGUAAGGAAGGUGAACUUCUGAGGAAAACUUAUAACAAGUGUAGUUCUUCAUGCCAUAGUUUUGCAGUGGAGAUUGGGGAAGGUGAGUUCAUCCCCAAUUUACAAACGAUCAACUCGGAUUCCAUUCUUGGACCUGGAAAAGAACCAGCAAGAGAGAGCUGUGAUGUUGCUGCUAAAGGUGGGCAUCCUGGAACCGAUACUUCCACAUCUAGUAGUUGUGCCCACAGGAACGAACCUGAAAAGAAGAAUGAACUAAAGCAGCUCUCUAAAAGAGCAACUAAACUGCAUGGGGUGAAAGGUGGUACAUGUUGUUCUCUAGUUGUGCUCUGCAGGCUUUACCAGAUUUUGUACAGGAGACUACAAGCUGCAAGAGUUUUAUGCACUGGUGAUCUAUACACAGAAUUUAAGGAUCAACUCUGCAGACUUCUUGAUCGCUCUGUUGACAAUUGCAAAUUUGAGGACUUCUGUCUUAAAUAUCUUGGGCCAAACUCCUUUAAGCUUUUCACUCUGGAUAUUGUCAUAAACCAAGUUAUCAAGCAGUUGUGCAUAAUUUCUUCAAGCGACUCACUCAUUCAGUUCCUUGGGAAUUUAGGAAGACCAAUACCACCCAAACUUUUGUCCCAGCAUCAAAACCCAUCAAUUGGAUGGCAUGAUCAAGAAGAGCAAGGCAGAAAACUUUUGCUUCAUUUUGAGAGAAGGAAAAAACGGAAGUUGGAAAAUGGUGCAUCGAGUUCCUCUCAGCCUGGAGGAAGGGAUUCAAACUCGUUGUUAACUGCUUGAUGGCCAAUUUUUCAUUGUAUAUAUGUUUGUUCCUUGGUGUAAUGUAACAUGAUUGAUACACUUACCCCAUGUCGCUAGUAUUAUUAAAUGUGGUUUUUUUUUUGCUAGACCCAGAAAAAUUGUUGAGCAGAUUCCCGCAAUUGUAACGCAACCAACAUAUACACCAGCACAAUGUGUCCAACACGGGUGGUGGAAGAUUAUUAGCAUCAUUAUUUUCAGAUUA